AUGGUAUCAAAUAAUAGCCAAUCUCUCGAGGGGAAUGAAAGUGGUGAGGACAGGGGUCAUAGAAUUCCAACUAUGAAAUCUAGGCAGAUACAUAUUGGUUCAAAAAAUGCACCUCUUAGGUACUUGCCAUUUGUAUCUCUUGUUAUGGUGUCGUUGGCUGCAAACUCUAAGUUUGAUUUCUUUUUUCGGCUGUUGUGCAGUGGGAGUGGCCUUAGAAAUGUGAUAAAAGGGGUGUGGACCAAGGACUACGAGUUGUACUUUGAACGUUUCCUUCGAAGAGUGGUACGAGAGGAGGUGGAACGUUCAAUCCAAGAUUACUUACCUCCAAGUGCACGGGUUAAUGAGAUUGGCAGUGACACGUCUAGAGCAACACUCUUUGAAUUGCGUUUCACUAAUAAAUUGCCUAAUAUAUUUUUUACCCACUCUAACAUGAUAUCAGAGGAUAAAACACCCAUUCAAAUUGCUCUCUUUGAUGUUAGAGAUCAGUCAGUGGUUAACGUUGGUCCCCUCUCUUCUGUAAAGGUAGAGAUCUGUGCCCUCAAUGGCGAGUUCGGAUUCAAUGGAAAUGAGAAUUGGACUGAAAGUCAGUUCAAUGCCAAUAUCUUGCGUGAGAGAGAUGGCCGAAGGCCAUUAUUGAAUGGAGACAGAUUUAUUACUUUGAAAAAUGGAGUAGGUUGUUUCAAUAGAGUUAUGUUCACAGAUAAUUCACGGUGGAUAAGAAGCAGAAAGUUUAGGUUGGGAGCCAAAGUUAUCCAGCCAACUUCUGAUGAAGCUAACAUUAAGGAAGGUAGAAGCGAACCUUUUGUGGUUAAAGAUUACAGAGGAGAGUCGUACAAGAAACACCACCCUCCUUCCCUGAACGAUGAUGUUUGGCGUUUAGAGCAAAUUGCCAAAGAUGGAAAAUUUCACGAGAGGCUGUCUCUCCAUGGAAUUCACACUGUGAAGGAUCUCUUGCGGUUAUACACAAUAAAUCCCUCUUCACUACUUGAGGUUGGCAACAUUCCAAAGAGGUCAUGGAUGUCAAUUAUUGAACAUGCCAAGACUUGUGUGAUAGAUGACGACGAGACUCUCGUAUACCACACAGCAGAACAAUCGACAAGCUUGUUUUUCAAUUCCAUCUAUGUCCUUGUGGGUGUGACUUUUGAUGGGAAAAAUUAUCUAUCCCCUGAUACUCUUACCCCCAGUGAGAAGGGUGUGGUGGAAAUAUUGAAGCAACAUGCUUACCAAAAUAUGGAAAAUUUCAAAUCAAUUCAUGAGACAUCAUUGAGCUGCUUAAGAUCAUUGGCAUGUCUAGGAGUGGGGCACUCUGAUGCUGCAGAGCAUGGUCUGCAACAGUUAAACAUCUCUACAGAACAAGAAGGAACAUGGGCUGGUUAUGGCCAACCAAAUCCCUCAACUUCAUAUAUAGAUGAAGGUGUACAUAAUUACCAAAUCUAUGUUGAUCCAGAUUCAGUGCCAGACAUAACAGACAUGCCACUCAACAAUCCCUAUGUCAACGAUUCGUUGGAGGAGUACACAAAGGAUUUUGGCUCUGGAUCGUGCGUUGAAGAGGAUAAUUGGGUCCCUUUUGGAUAA